AUAUUCCAGAUCAACAUGACAAAGUUGCAAUAGUUACAGGUUCAAAUAGAGGGAUUGGGUAUGACACUGCCAAAGCGUUAUGCAAACUGGGAGCCCACGUAAUCUUGGGUAAGAGAGUGUAAUGUAAUAUCUGUGUACAAAAACAAUCAUAUGAUGGGCCGGCUACUAUGUAGUAUUUUUACAGUCAAAACACUAUUUACAUGCACACUUACGCUUUUGUACUCUGUUGUCACCAAGGCCGGUGAGAGGCAUGACCACGGGCCCCAGGACAAAUUGGUGAACAUGCCCCCCUUCCGCUUGACUCUCACGCUGAUGGUCACACCAAAGUCUAAUCGCAAUCAAUGAGGGAAUCACCAGAGAAUUACUUGCAAGAAAUCGCCGGAGAAUUUCGGUGCCGAUGGCGCGUGUGGCAUGCAUGCAUGUUACCGUACUAGCAGAUGGAUGUCAGUAAUAAAUUUGUUCAAUACAGGUAAAUACCUCAUUUCAUCUCAUAACUGAUAAAGACAUGAUGUAAGAGGUGUUUGGGUAACUGUUUUUGCAGAAAAAAAACGAUCAAAAAAUCGUUUAUUUCACAUUUGGUACAUUUAUGUAGAAUAAUUUGUAACAUUAUACUAUUGAUAACGCCGUAGUUCUUGUUCUGAUAGUAUACAGUCCCCACGAAGCGCAACUGUCUUGCGGUGUAAGACAGAAAAGUGCAACAAUUUAUGAUCGAUCGCGAUGAUCAGUGGAUAAUGUGCAAGUAGGCGUAUUUCAUUUAGGACAAACUUAAAGUGAUGAUAAAUGAUACAAACAUUUUACCGAGAUUUCCGGGCCCCUCUGAGCACCCUGGACCCCGGGUAUUUUGCCCCCCACCUGCCCCUCUCGCCGGCCUUGGGUGUCAUUUAUUGUAUUCCGUUCUGUACGAUUACUGCAGCGGUUACCAAAUUAUGAAGAAAUGCGUCAGUAAAAUUUAGUUUUCUAAAUUGGAAUACUUGUAACAAAAAAUGCCUUUUUCAUGAGAUCCACUGCAUGUUAACAGAUAAAAGUAGCAAAAUUAAUUUUCAUUGCCGCAUUUUCCUAAAAUUUUGUAACCGCUACAUAAGACAGAACAAAAUAAAAUAACUGGCAGUGAGUGUAAAAGUGUGCAGGUUUUAGUGUUUUGACUGUAAUGAACUAAAUGAUAUUAUUUAACCUUCCCUCAACUUUUUUUCUGAAUAUAAUUAUUUCAAUGCCAGCUUGCAGGUCAAGUGUUUCUGCCAAUUUAGCAGUAGAGAAGAUAAAGAAAGAAAUACCAAGUGCAAAAGGUAUGUACAGUCAUCUUUAUGUCAAAUAGUCAUGUGAUGUGCUGUGUGUCAAAGUAAUUAGUUACCAGUAGCUAUAAUAUCAGCUAUAUUUUAUUUUGCAGUUGAAUUUAUACAAUUGGACUUAUCAAGAUUGUCAUCAAUCAGAGAAUUUGUUACACAGUUUAAACAAAGGAAUCUUCCUCUUCAUAUUUUAAUUAACAAUGGUAAGGUGCUAGGUAAUUUUUUAUUCUUUGUUUCAGUAUUUGCAAUUUCAGGACUCAAUGACACCAAGUGGCAAGCAAUAAACCUUACAGGUAGAAGUGCUUAUGUCACACAAAUUUCAAUCCAUCUCAAGAUUAGGUUUCCGCGGUGCAAUGUGGGAUACAUGUGGGUCAAAUAUUCAUUGUGUAAGGUCAAUUUUCUGAGUAGAAAUUGCAAAAUAAUCAGACAUGAUUAUUCUUAUAAUGAUAUAUCUUUACUAAUAAAUUAAUUCUGUUCUGUCUGCAUAAGGCAAGCUUUUGAUAUCUUAACAAGGGUGUUUUUCACGUUUCUCUUUACAAGUAAAAUAUUUCUUUAUUUUCAGAAUAUACUUAUUUCCCUAUAGUCUAUCCUAAAAUCAAUGGGGGUGGUUUUGGUAUUCUAGAGCUGUGUGGGUUCCAGAAAUUUCAUCUGAGUUCCAGUUUCGGUCUUUUGGGGGUGAAAGAACCUCGUUUUGGUGUCCUAUUUUGAACAAUUCAAAGCAUUUGCUGAAUAAAUUCUAAUAUAGCAUCAAAACAAACAACUUACAACAAUUUAACUGAAACAAUACAAUAUGAAGUAUAACAAAUCCAGUGAACACUUUAAUUUCUUCUCAUUGCUAUUUUUGACAAUGCAUACAUCAUACAUGUACAUGUAUUAUUACGUAUAUUCCUGAAGGUUUUAGUUUGCGAUUUUAGCUGGCGUUAUGAUCACACCUUAUGAAACAACAGAAGAUGGUUAUGAAUUACAGUUUGCAAUAAACCAUCUUGGUCAUUUUGCUCUAACACUGCAGCUUUUGGAUGUUUUAAAUGAGUGAGUAAUGAAAUUUGAAUAAUCCGAUCAAUUUCCAUAUUAACAAUUACUGUCAUUUUUAAAACUAUAUCUAAUCCCUACAACCCUAUUUCUUUCCUAACCAUAGCCUUAUCCAGUUAUCCUAACACUAAUCCUGAACUUUUCCUAACAAUAAUCCUGACCUCAUUGUAAUCCUAACUUUAAGCCUGAUGUUUUAAUAUCAUUUCUGACCUUUAAUACUAAUUAAUACAUAAAACCAUGCACCGAAGUUAUUGUGACGUCAUUUUGAUAACAAAAGGCAAUGCAAGUAAUAACCUGAGUAUCAAGCCAUAUUUUCCUGAUACACGUGCUGUGCCAGUAAAAAUAGAGAGGUUCUGAUUUUUAACCAAUCAAAUGCAUUUUAUCUACCCGAUUAACCAAUCAUAUGCGUAUUAAGCCAAUUAGUGGUACUGGAUAUCAAAUCUGAACCUCCCUAAUCAAUACUACAAAAAAUACGUAUAAAUUAAACUUAUGUGCAAUCAUAAUGUGUAAAUGUGUUACUUUAUCUCUCAGUACUGGUUGUCCUGAUAGUUAUGCAAGAAUAGUGAACGUCACGUCUGAUGUUCAUCGCUACGGAACAAUUGCUUUCGAUAAUCUGAACGACAGGUACGAAUUAAGUAAUUUCAUCCAACUUUUUAUUAAACAUCUGUGAAUUAGAGAACUAGGGUUGCUAGAACCGUUGCAUGUUUCUUUGAAAAGUUGCUUGUCAAAUCUAGCACGUCACCAACGUGGUAGAUCAUACUACUUGUAUGAUCAUACUACUUGUAUGCCAGAUUGUUCUGACCUGCAAACCUGAUACACUUGGUCGUCUUUCUUAAAUCUACCAAUUUAAUACAAUUAGAAAAUAUUUAAAAUUCCACCACUACCACCAUGUUAGCUAUCAGAGAUGAUAUCCUUAGGGCAAUGAAAAGAGGCGAAGUGACUAUUGCAGUUCUGGCGGACUUUUCGAAAGCGUUUGACACAGUUGCUUACCAAACCGUGUUAUCCAAGCUGCAUCGCUUAGGAUUUUCGAAUACCUCCCUGAAAUGGACAAUAAGCUAUCUGAUAGAUAGAAAACAGUGCGUCCAAGUGGACGAUCGUUCUUCCGAGCGUGUUGGCGUAACCUUUGGAGUACCGCAGGGAUCGAUUUUAGGUCCAGUUCUAUUCAAUUUAUACGUCAAUGAUUUACCUGACGUGUUGCCUCAAUGAAUUGCUUGUCAUCAGUACGCGGACGACACUACUCUCUACCGUCAUUGUAAGCCAUCUGAUUUACAAUAGCUGAAAUAUAACAGUUGCGGUAUGGGAUCAAAUCAACUUUUCGAUUUUUGGCAAUCUGAAUAUUGUGAAAAGUUAACAUGUAUAUUCUCGUUACCAAAAUCAAGCUGUCAUAUCUCCGCUAGUUUAUACGUCACCUUCACCAAACUUUCAGGCCAACACACAAGUAUCAUCAUCUUUCAUGGCACUGCAAUGUGCUCUCAAUAACAUGUCUUCUUGGUCUCAAAAAUGUAACCUAGCACUGAACCCGGGGAAAACAAAGGCGAUGCUGUUCUCGACUUUACAGCGUUCCAGAGUUCACCUGCUUCACGAAUAUGUCACUGGCCUUCGUAUAGGCGGAAACCAACUCGAACGACUUGAUAGCGCUCGAUUGUUAGGUACCCAAUUGCAUCAUCAUUUAACUUGGACAAAUGAAAUAAGUACGAAAAUAUCCAGCUGUUACAAAACCUUAUCCGUACUAAGAAAACUAAAGCAUCUUGCCCCUUACAAGAUCAGACAGCAGUUAUCUGAGUGUCUAGUGCUAUCAAAGCUGGAUUAUAAUGAUAUAGUGAGUCAUCCAAUUCCUGAAUAUCUCGUGAAACGUCUUCAGCAGUGUGCAGUGUGCGGCUUGUUGUCGGAAGGUAUGCCACUAAAUUGGAUGUCUUGAAAUUGGGAUGGCUUCCAAUCAAAGAACGAAGAGAUUUUCAUUUGGCCCAAGCUACGUUUAAGGCCUUGUAUUUUGAUCAGUGGCCUUCAUACUUGAAGCUGGAGUUGCACACUCCUGGCAGAACAUUGAGGUCAUCCUCAGAAACCAAACUCAAUGUGCCCCUUGAAAAUGAUUUUAUUUGAACAAUUUUAAUAUUUUACCCUUAGAAAUUUGAAACUGUCGUGUUUUUCACUAUUUUGAAGUCGCAAACAAAGGAUUAAAUAGGGAAUAAUUUAAUAAUUAUUUAAGAAUUAGCAUGUUAAUAACUUAUAGAACCUUUCUAUUUUAUAACAAUUGUAGUAUAAUAGUUUUUUUACAGAUGAAGAGCCACUUACGUGGAAAUCCUGUAAUAAAAUCAUUAUUAUUAUUAUUAUUAUUAUUAUUAUUAUUAUUAGUUUAUUCACCAUGCAUGCAAUGCUAAAUUGUACUAUUAAUUUUAUGCCACUAAGCGAAAUUAUAAUUAUUGUGGCGUAUUUUGCGGACUAAAAUCAGGGCGCUAUAAAAUACGGGCGGGGAAACGCGCUAAUAAAUGACCGUGCUACGUGUGAUGCACAUUAGGAUUAGCGCGAUCGCGCUUUCUCUAAAAAAAAAUCAGAAAAUCGCGUACAAGAUGGCAACAAAAAUAUGUAAACAAGCAAACGAGAAAACAAAGGAUUUAAAUGCUAAGUAAUUAUGUUGCCAAAUGCAGUGCUAAAUAUAUAAUUUGCACCAGCACUUGAUGAAGAUGUACCAGAUCCUCUGCCUGAAAUAGCUGAGAGUAUUUCUGGUGAAACAGAUUCACUUCCAGAAGAUGAAUUAGUGGCAAAAUAUUUUGAAAAGUUGUCCUUCAGUGAUAGGCAACUUCAUGAGCUUGAAAAAUCCACAAGAUCUCAGUCCAAAUCCACGGCUUGGUAUAAACAAAGAAAAGGACGCAUAACUGCUUCUAAAUUUCGCGAGGUCUUCACUAAAGUUAACACUUUGUCAAAAUCACAAAGUAAAGGUGCAAAUUGUAAAAUCACACCACUUUUAGUAAUCCUGCUUUAUCAAAAAGAUAUCAGCAGUCUGAGUCCUACUAAAUGGGGAACAGAUCAUGAAGACACAGCUAAGGGGAGUUUUUUCACAGAAUUUACCAAAAUGCAUAACAAUUGUAAAUUGAUUUCAUGUGGACUAUUUGUUAGCAAAUCGCAUCCGUAUAUAGGUGCUAGUCCUGAUGCACUGGUGUUGUGUAGUUGUUGUAAGAAAGCCUGUGUAGAGGUCAAAUGCCCUUACUCUAUCAGAAAUCAAAGUGUUCUUGAGGCAUGGAACGAAACUAGCUUCUUGGAAAAAGCUUAUGGGAAAAUUCAAUUGAAACGGAAUCACAAAUACUAUACACAGAUCAUAGGUCAGCUAGCUAUGACUGAAUGUGAACAGCGUUAUUUUGUUGUCUGGACUACAGUUGGCCCACCUUUUGUUGAAAUCAUAAAGUUUGAUGAAGCACAUUGGCAAGAUGUCUUACGGAAUUUAGUUGUUUUUUAUAAGAGUUAUAUGUGUAAAGUUUUACUUGGUAUACGACCAAUAUGCUUUUGUCCUAAUUGUGACAAAUCUUGUCUGGAACCUAAUGAGAUCGAUGAAGACAACGAGAACAGCAUUUGCUGCGACUCGUGUGGUAUGUGGUAUCACUGGUCUUGUGUUAAUGUACAGUCUGAAGAGAUAAAGUUUGUUUGUUUUACCUGUUCAAAUUCUGUUACAUAAUUAUUUUAUAAUUAUUUAACGAGGCGGUCAAGUCCGUAAUGUAAACAAACGCUUGUUUAAAAAAUAUGAUAUUCUAACUGAAUUUCUAAAACUUUUUUGGUUCACCAUGCUUGUAAAUGAAUAUACAUGUAAACUAGAGUUUCAAUUGAAGUAAGUUCAUAAGAUGCGAAAUAUUGUUAACAUUCCAAUGGUUGGGUCCCGUCCAUUGGAAUGUAUGUGCAGAACGGACUUGACUGCCUCUUUAACUGUAUUAUUUCAGCAAAUAUUAAGUAAUUUUUAAUAUUUUAUAUAGAAUUUAAUUAAAGAAUGAAAAAUAAUGGUUCUUGCAAGUUGUUUAGUGCUGCAAACACUUUCACAAUGUUAUCAGCCAAUGAAAUAAGAGUCACUGGAAUCUCAUUGCUAAGAAUUCGAUAAUCUUUAAGUCUUUUCAUGACCUGCUCCACAUAGAUUCUAGCAUUUGCAAUUCGUGAUGUGCUUUUGACUUGUUCUUUGGACAUCUGUAGAUGACCACAUUUGGAAGGCGGGAUAGCAAGUGAGCAUUGGUAAAAAGCUAACAUUUCUUCUAUUUUAAAUCCUCGAUCAGCCAUUAUUUGAUCAUUAGGCUGGGUACAUUGAAGAAAGCCUGAAUUUUGCACAAUAUAUUUAUCAGUAGCCCUCCAUCCAUAGCAGUCUGACACAAAACUUAUCAGCCCAUUGGGAGUUAUUCCAAUGAGCACUUUACUUGUUGAGUGGUGCUUGUAGUUGGACCAGAAAAGGGCUGCUGCUUCAAGACUAGAUGGAGUAGCUACAAAAAAUUCAGUGCAGUCAAUGAUAAUACAGCAUCUUGGAUAAUACUUCCUAAAUACUUCAGGUAGGUUUCGUCUAAUAAUUCUUCUCUCAGGCCAUAUAAUUAACCAUGAAAGUUCUGCUUCCAUUAGUUUAAUCCAAGUUGUAAAUAUGCGGCUUACCAAUGCUUCAGAGAUCCCAAAGCGAAAUGCUAAAUCUUGCUGGAAACUGGCAAUUCUAAUCCGCAUCAUCGUUAGUAAAAAUUCUUGUUCUGACGUCAUAAUUCUUCUACCUGAGCGUGCAACUUUGGCUGGACUAUCAUCAUUUAAAAUGGUUUCUUUCAACCCUCUCCAAUAGUGCAUAUUUGAUGCUUUUUGCUUCAGUUGGUUAAAUACCAUUUCAAAAACCUCUGUGUUUGGAAAUCCUGUAAAAAACCUAACGUCUACUUCUCUGGUCAGCUGGGCAAAGGUAAAACUUUGAAUUGUACAUUGUGUUGCUGCUUCUUUUGGUUCUCCUCUCUUACACUUUUUUUGAGAUUUGGUUGAUGGCGCAGACUGUGCAGUACCAUCAGGAAUUUGCUGCUUAUAAACAAGUUUCCUUCUCUUCCUUGGCGACUGUUUACAACGAUCACUUUUGACAAGGUAAAGAGUAGGGUGAGGACUGCUGAAAGUUGGCUUUCCAUACUGGAAGUGGUUGCUGCAUACUGCCUUAUAGUUUGAUGCAACGAAGUCUUUUAUUCCACGAGAAAUAUUUGCCACCCAUUGUGCACAAACACCCUCGUCUUUAGGGAUGUGAUGCCACUUCAACUCUCCCUCAACAUGGCCCCUUUUAACAAUAUUUUCUCGAUAUCGGGAGUCGUUUCUGCAUGUUCCUAUACAACAGCGAUAGCUAGGCAUCCCAACAUUAACGUGUUUGAAACCUGAUGUUGAAAAAUGAACGGAUUACGGAUAUCAGCAGGGGCAAUUGAUAAACAAAUCGGCUUACCAAACACUUAUAACUUGCAUAAACAAAUUAAACAUCGGUAUUCUAUCAAAGAUUACCGAUUACAUGGUCUAUAAAAACAGCUUGUCAAAUAGAAUAUAAAUGAUGGAAAGAGAAUUAACAAAUUCAAAAAUUUCUCACCUUUGAACAAAGUAUAAAUAAUUCAGAAAAAGUUCUCAUAAAUAUUCAUCGCUAAAUUGCCGCCAUUUUGCAUUCUUUGUCCCAAUUACCCAUCAUGCCUAGCGUCAGGUAAACUUCUCUAUUGUAGUUGUUUUUUUCAAAUUCUAGUUGUUUUAUUAAAAUGCAUGCAUGGUCAAUUUUGGGCUAUAUGAUUAUUGAAAAAUAGUAGCCAAGCAAUGUCAGAAUAUACUUACUGUGAAAAUGUUUAUCCUACCUUCGCUUCGCAUUAUGAAGUAAAAUAUCCCAUUUCAUACCACAAUUUUCGUAUUUGGAAUAUGCCCACAUUCGAUCAGCUCGAUUCCUUUUCAAAUUUUUAUUUCGCUCAUGAUGAAUCUUUAAAGCCGUUUUUCCUUCAUCAGAUAUACAGAAAAUGAAUCCAACAAUGUCUUCAAACCAUCAAGUUGUUUAGGAAUACAGAAAACAUUUUUUACUUUGCAUAUAAAACAUUCCAAUUCCAUUUUUAUUAAAUUGGCAUUAUAAACUAAUGUAUACGGGGGGUACGCGCAUCACACAAAGAUCAGGGGCGCUAUCUCCGUUUCACCGCCCGUGUUUUAUAGCGCCCUGCUAAAAUGAACAAAUUAGCGGGCUAAAAUGAACAAAUUAGAUAAUUUAAAUUGUUUACGUCCGCCAGCAGUGGUUUUUAGCAAUGUUUUGAGCUGGAUCUGGGAGUUUUUGACAAUUUUCACCGACAAAAUGGCUGUAAAAAUACGAAAAGAGAAGAUAUAUCUAUUUUUAAAAAUUAAAUAAGCUAGAAUCCACUCCCGAAAGCAAGGAAAAACAAGAAUGAAGAAAGAAUAUUUAUGAUGUGGCAGAAACUAUAUAUACACAGUGACGAAGUGAAUUUAGUAAAGUUUAUCCGUUGUUCGCUUCUCUUUAACAAACGAAACUAGCUUUUUUAUACCAAACUAUAUCACUUCAUAAAUUGUAUAAACUAUUUUUCAUUCUUUUUUUUGUCUUUUGAGAACGGUUUAGUUGUAUAAACUGAGUUUGUAGUUAAUACAAUGCAAUAACCAUGUAUGCAUGUAUAUGAAGACGGCAUCAUGCAGUGCAAGUAUUUGCCAUUUAUUUGUUAUCUGUUUAGAAGUUUGACUUGUGUUCAUCCCGAGGUUCAUCCAGUCGAUUUUAUAACAUAGCAUUUGUAAAUUCUGAACGCUGAUUGGCUAAGAGCCGUGUUGAUAUAACUCAAUGUCAACACGGAAACGUCGGAAAAUUUCUUUCUUUAUAUUUCUUUGUGCUAUAUUGGAAAUUGGGAAAACUCGUGAAAAUUGUGGAAAUUGGGAAAACUCGUGAAACUCGUGGAAAUUGGGAAAACUCGAAAUUGUGUGAAAACACAGUUUCUCGUUUUCUCCAAUUUCCACUCGUGUUGAUAUAACUGUAUAUCAACACGGAAAAUGUUUUGUAUUUGUUAAAUAUAAAAUAUUAACUGACAAAAUUUAAUAUCACCGAAAACAGGUCACACUAUAUAGUUUUCUGGUAAAACUGCAAGGCCAACCGUGUGUCAGUCUAUUAAUCUGAUUGCUGUAUUAAUAUAGUAGUUGUGGUUAUUGUCCUUAUGGUGCAUAUCAACAAAGUAAAUUGGCGAACAUUCUUUUUACGUACGAAUUGCAAAGACGAUUAUUGGCUGAAGGUUGUCACGUGACUGCGAAUGUAUUGCACCCUGGGAUCGGUGAUACGGACCUCUUUCAAAACGUUCCAUCGUUACUUCUCACUGCUCAAAAAUACGCGAUAUCUUGGAUGUUUAAG